CAGUCACAAAGCGGCUGGGCGCAGGGCUUUCUGGACUGUCCUGCGGGGGUCACGCAGAGUCCAGUGAGGUGAGCUGUCCUGGGGCCUGCUGGCCGCGUCCCCCCAGGGAGCAGGGAGAGAGAGAGCAAGCUCUCCGGUGAGUCUUCUUGGAAGGGCACUCACCCCAUUUGCGGGGCUCCACCCUCAUGACCUCCCGACCUCCCAGGGGGCCUGCCUCCAAUCCCAUCACCUCGGGGAUGAGGACUUCAACAUGGGGAUGUUGUGAGGACACAGAUAUUCUGUCUACAGCAUCACGUUAACCAGGCAGUUCAAUGGCACCCACUGAGUGGACUUAAUAACAAUCCUGGCCUCUGUCUGUCACCUGGGCUCAAUUCAGAAGCAUUCUCCCUUUAUUCUUUGGCUUGUGCAUCUUUCAAGUGACCUGUCUGGGUCCAGGUCCUCUAGGAAGCAGAGCCUGAGGCAAGGGGACCAAAGUGAGGAGGAUGGCAGGCAAUGCAAUGGGCCACCAAGACAGAACUAGCUGCUCCGCAGUGUGCACAGCAGGCCACCAAGACAGAACUAGCUGCUCUGCCCGCAGGGUGCUCUCCUGCUUCAGGGGUGUGGCUGUGCCUGCGACUAGUCCAUUGGUGGAAAAAAGAGAGACAUUCACCUCCCUGGCUUCCUCCAGGCUCCUGCCUCCUCCUGACCACCCUGUGGGGAGUUAACUGCCCUGGACAAUCGAUUGUCUUAUCCAGCUUCUUCCCGGGCAGGCAGAAGUCAGCCCCACGCCCUGCGGUGUGCAUUUCAUCCUUCUCCGGUGAGUCCAUAGUUGGCAGGAGGAGCUGGAACCCCGGGACACCGAGAGGACUGGGCCCCAUGAAGUCAGUCCGCACCCCAAGGCUGAGGCUGCAGCCCAGGGUCCAGGAGGAAGCUUCGGGCCUGCGAGGACCAGCCGGAGCAGGGACGUUAAGGACACAGGUCAUCAGGGGGGUCCUGCAAGACGAGACACCUGAGGCUGCGGAGAGGCGCAGCGGGGCCCAGGCGAGGGGAAGUUCCAUCACCGACGUGAGGGCCGUUCCAGAUGUGACUUCCUCAGCAGCCGAGCCCAGAGAUCUGCCAAGGACUUACCACAGCGGGGCUGUGGCCUUCAUUUGGAACUCACCGUGGCCCUGGGGUGUGUUUACGACCCCACGUCAUGGCAGAAGAUACUGUGUUGAGGCAGCUCAGGUGAUUCGCUCCAGGUCGUACAGCUUUCGGGGAACACGGCUGGGAUUUCUCCUGAAGGUUUCUGACUCCCGGUUCAUGGCAUUUGCUUGGCUGCAGGGUCCAAGGCAGUGAGCACGGGGGCCGUGGCUGCCCCUUGCGAGGGUGCCGUGAGCAAGGCGCCUACGACUCGACACCUUCCGCAGGGAGCU